AUGUCUGCAUUCAUCCGCAAAAAUCUCACCUUUUUCACUUUCAACCACGCUUCACACAAGAAUCUCAAAUUGUGCAUCACCCCUGUUUCCCUCUUUCUCCCCCAAUUCUUCUCCACUCUAAACCCUAACCCUAACAAUGUAGUAUACGACAUUUUGGUGCACAAACACCAUUUCCCUUGCGAAUUCUCCUCCCGAGUCGCCUCCCAAUUGGGCGACCUCAAGAACCCAGAAAGGGUCAAUUCGAUGCUCUCAUUCCUGAAAUCAAUCGGAUUCUCGAAUUCCCAGCUGCAGAAAUUCAUCAAUUGGAGGCCAAUUCUGCUCUCCUACAGCCUCGAACGCAACGUGGAACCCAAAAUCAAGGUCUUCCAAGAAUUGGGCUUUUCCCCCUCCGACAUUUCGAGUAUGAUCUCAGCCUGCCCAGUAAUCCUGGCCUCGAGCUUGAACAACUGCAUCGUCCCUUCAUUGUCAGUCCUCAAAUCAUUGAUGGGAUCCAAUGCUGCCCUUUUGAGGGCCGUGAGGAGAUCCCCGAGGCUGCUCACCACCAAUUUGAAGAAAACCCUUGAGCCGAAUCUCGAAUUUUUGAAGGGGUGUGGUGUGUCUGUUGACAGAGUUCAUGUGGUCUUCAAUGGUGGCCAUGGGAAUGCUUUCAUCCGCAAGCCUGAAGUUUUCAUUGCAGCUGUGGAGAAGACCAGAGAAAUGGGGAUAGCCGUGUCUUCGAAAACAUUCAUUUAUGGGGUUCUGACCAUUGCUUCGAUAAGCAGCAAGGGGUUGGAGAGAAAGAUGGAAGCUUUCCGGGAGCUGGGGUUUUCGGAUAGCGACAUAUUGUGUAUGUUUCGGAGGGAGCCUCUGGUGCUGGCUGUGUCCACUGAUAAGAUGAGGAAGGUGGCUGGGCUUCUGGUUGGUACUGGGAAGUAUGGUGCCUCGAGCAUCGUUGGACACCCGUUGGCGCUCCAUUACAGCAUCGGGAAGAGGUAUGAGCCGCGGCUUAGGGUUUUGGGUGUUCUUGUGGGGAAAGGCUUGAUUGAGGAUUGGCCUAGUCUUAGAACACUUUGCAAGUUCACAGAUGAUCAAUUUUUCAAGAGAUUUGUUAGCCCUUAUGUGGAUCAUCUUAGUGAUGUUUGCAUCCCUAAAGUUGAGAUGAAAGCUUGA